GCUGAGCAGAGCUGUCUGGUCAUUCUGUGCCGAGCCAACUCACCGCGCACAACGCCCCCAGUACCUGGCUAUAUAGCUUCAUAGGAUCCCUACUUCUCAAGAUGAGUACGAUUCUGCAGCAUACCGCCUUCAAGUCCAGCUCGUCGGCGUCCUUCUCGAGUUCUAGUGGUGGUGGCAGCUUCCAUGCGUCUGGAGGAGGUGGCUUCGGUGGCAUGAGCAGCCUGGGCGGGGCAGCUGGCCUCGGGGGGAGGGGCAGCUUCGGCGGAGGGGCUCGCAGCUCAGGCUCCUCCAGUUUCAGCAUGGGAGGCCGCAGCGGAUUAAGCUUUGGAGCUCGUGCUGGAGGAGGAGCCCGUAUGAUGGGCGCGGGAAGAGCUGGAGGCGGUGGUGGACGGAGCUAUGGAGGCUCCUCCAUGACGGCAGAGCAGGCCACGCAGAUGCUCGUCAGCCUCGGAGAAGUCCGCGUGGAUCGGUCUGGUGACAAGGACGAGCUGGCCGGGCUGAACGACAGAUUCGCCACCUUCAUCAACAAGGUGCGCUACUUGGAAGAGAUGAAUCGUAAGCUUACCUUACAACUGGAGAUGGUACAGAAGAAGGCGGGCGUGGGAGGACCAGACAUCGGCAAGAUGUGGGAGGCAGAGCUGAACAACAUCAAAAGGCUCACUGAGGUGGUCAUCAACGAGAAAAACGUCCUGCAAUCCGAGAGCGACGGGCUUCAGGCUGAAGUGACCACCAUGAAAAAAAGCUACGAGGACGAACACACAACCGUGGAGACUCUUCAGGCAGAAGUGACGAAGUUGAGACCUGAAAUGGACGGCGUGAGUGUUGAACGUGUGGACCUGGAGGCCCGCCUGGACACCAUCAAGGCAGAGAUCGACUUCCUGAAGGAGGUGUACGCGGCGGAGUUGGAGGCACUGCAGGGCCAGGUGUUGGACGGCGGCACGCUGGAGCUGCAGACCGUGGCGAGCCCCGAUAUCGACUUCGACAGUAUCGUGGAGGAAGUGCGCGUUCAGUAUGAAGCUCUGGCACUACAGUCUAAGCAGGAGGCACAGAGCUGGUAUGAAACAAAGUUUGAGUCUCUGCAGCAGCAGAGUGGAAGUGCCAGCGGUGGCCUGUCUGCUGCGCGCGCUGAGCUGUCCAAGUACGGCAGUGAAAUGAAGAAGAUACAGUCACAGCUGGAUGCCGCUAAGUCAAGGAACGCGCGGCUGCAGGAGCAGCUGGCGGCUGUGGAGGCGAAGGGGGUGUCUCAGCUCGAGGCUAAACAACUGGAGAUCACCGCGCUGGAGACGGAGCUGCAGACCUUGCGCGGGCAGAUCAAGGCGCAGAUGACGGAGUACAACUCACUCCUGAGCGUCAAGAUGGCUCUGGACAUCGAGAUCUCCGCCUACCGUAAACUCCUGGAAGGCGAGGAAAGCCGCUUCACUGCCGGGCUGUCGGUGGGUGGAGGCGGCGGAGGAGCUAGCGGCGGCGGCUCAUCCAUGCUGAUGCUGGGCGGCGGCGGCGGCGGAGGCGGCGGUGGUGCCGGUGGUGCCGGGUUUGGAGGAGGCUUCGCCAACGGCAGCUCCAGCUCCAGCUUCAGCUCCAGCUUCAGCUCCAGCUUCCAAACCAGCGGCGGAGGAAUAUCAGCGUCGUCAAAGACUUUCUAAUGCCGUCGUCUACAUCCAAAUCAUCCGACGCGUCACGCGCAGUUUAAGUAGUACAACAUGUAGUCUGUUACUCUUGAUUUCUGGCUGAGGGAUAAAAGCCGGUGAAUAAUAAUCUAUACUGGGGAAAUGUAACGUUAUUUCCCAACUGUCAUCAGGUUUUUUUUACGUGAGAGUGCAUGUGGGUACCACUGUAGCUACUAGUACUUUUGCUGUUUAACUGGUAGGCCGUUAAUAUCAAGACUUCUGUUUUCUUGGUACUUUCGUGGAGGAUUUGGUGGCUACUUUCCACAUACUUUAUUAAACUUUUACAAAGGGGUA